AUGGUUUUAGCGAUGGAGGGUAGACUGGCACCAGAAAUUCCUGGGCUCAUUCAACCUGGGAAUGUCACGCAAGACUUGAAGAUGAUGGUCUGUAAACUAUUGAAUUCUCCAAAACCUACAAAAACAUUUCCUGGUUCUCAGCCUGUGUCCUUUCAACACUCUGAUGUAGAAGAGAAGCUGCUUGCGCAUGAUUACUACGUUUGUGAGAAAACAGAUGGUUUGCGGGUGUUGAUGUUUAUAGUGAUAAAUCCUGUGACGGGUGAACAGGGAUGCUUUAUGAUUGAUAGAGAAAAUAAUUACUAUCUGGUUAACGGAUUUAGGUUUCCCAGGUUACCCCAGAAGAAGAAAGAAGAGUUGCUAGAGACUCUGCAAGACGGCACCCUAUUAGAUGGUGAACUCGUUAUACAAACUAAUCCAAUGACAAAAUUACAAGAGUUGCGUUAUUUAAUGUUCGAUUGUCUUGCUAUCAAUGGUAGAUGUCUCACACAAUCACCCACAAGUUCGAGGUUAGCACACCUAGGGAAAGAAUUUUUUAAACCAUAUUUCGAUUUAAGAGCAGCAUACCCUAAUCGUUGUACCACUUUUCCGUUUAAAAUUUCCAUGAAACAUAUGGAUUUCAGUUAUCAAUUGGUGAAAGUUGCUAGAAGUCUAGAUAAGUUGCCACAUCUUUCUGAUGGUCUAAUAUUUACUCCUGUGAAGGCACCUUACACUGCCGGUGGAAAAGAUUCACUGUUAUUAAAAUGGAAGCCAGAACAAGAAAACACCGUGGAUUUCAAAUUGAUUUUAGAUAUUCCAAUGGUGGAAGAUCCUUCUUUACCCAAAGAUGAUCGAAACAGGUGGUACUACAAUUACGAUGUUAAGCCUGUCUUCAGCUUAUAUGUCUGGCAGGGCGGGGCGGAUGUCAAUUCACGUUUAAAACAUUUUGACCAGCCUUUUGAUAGGAAGGAAUUUGAAAUAUUGGAAAGGACGUAUAGAAAAUUUGCAGAGUUGAGCGUUUCAGAUGAAGAAUGGCAAGAUUUGAAGAACUUAGAACAGCCCCUAAAUGGUAGGAUAGUAGAGUGUGCUAAAAACCAAGAGACUGGGGCGUGGGAAAUGUUAAGAUUCAGAGAUGAUAAGUUAAAUGGUAAUCAUACAUCAGUAGUCCAGAAAGUCUUGGAAAGUAUCAACGAUUCCGUUUCAUUGGAGGACCUCGAGGAGAUUGUUGGUGAGAUUAAGAGGCGCUGGGACGAGAGAAGAGCAAAUAUGACGGGCAAUAGUGGGAGACCACUACCGUCUCAAAGUCAAAAUGCCACGUUAUCUGCCUCCAAGCCAGUUCAUUCGCAGCCUCCAAAUAAUAAUAACGAGCCAAAAUACGUAGACGAGGAUGAUUGGUCGGAUUAG